CAGCGGACAGGACGACUGGGCUGGUGACUUUGCCGAGAGGUUGCGCACGCCGGCCGGGGGAGGCGGACAGCCGGGCCCGCCGCCUGAGGGGCGCGGCGCGCGACACCCGGGCCUGAGGUUAGGUUAGGCGUCGGCGCGCGUCAGGCGGCACAAGGCUGCGGCCCCUGGAGCCACCUCGCGUCGCUCGGGGCUAUGGGCGCGUGAGAGCCCAGCGCGCGCGGCCCCUGCUGCAGCUCGGGAGCUCGCACGCCCUCUACACUGUCCCCCGAGCCGUCCCCGCCUUCGCCCUGCGCCACUGAGACCUGCUAUUUCUCGGCGCUGAGGCCCCCGAGACUGCAACCGAGGUUCCGCCGCCCACCGCCGCCGCCGCCACAGCCGCUCGCCGGUUUCCCCUCCCCCCACACCCGUGGCUUGGAGCUGGAGGAGGGGCCGGUGCAUUCUCACCACUGCUCUUUGCAACCUGCGGGGGACAGUGCAUGCCCGGAGAGGAGCUGGGGCGGCUGCAGGUGUGUGCAACCCCCAGCGGAGACGAUCCCCCCCCCACCUCCGGGUGAACCCGGGGGCUGAAGCCGCAGGCGGGCGAGUGAACGAGAGGAAGCAACAAAGACAAGCUGCAGCUGGGGCUGGCGAGAGGGGCCACGGCCGCUGGGCUCCCAGAACAAGCGGAGAGGGCGCCCAGGGAGCGGCGCCGGCUGAGCUGCAGCCGUGAUCCAGGCCCCGAGGGAAGGCGCAGCGCCGCCCGCCGGACGCGGCAAGCACAGACCCUGGAGAGGAUGAGUCGCCUGAGCGCCGGUAUGGCCUCAGUUCUGGACGGGCGCAACCCCCGCUAAGCAGAGGAAUCCCCACCCCGACUUCUGACGGCGCUGGCUGCCAUCCGGAUACCUCUGACCGACGUUGCUUCUUCCCACUCAGAGAGAGGCCUUGGCCCCCUGGGGGGGCUUCCUAAGGCAGCCUCUGCCAUUUUUGCAUGGCUGCGACCCACCGAGUGGAGCGUCGUGGACGCUGAGACCUGGUGCCCUUGGACUGCUUGUCUGAUCCCGGACCCUGUUGGAGAGUGUGCCCCCCCGGGGGCCUCCAGCUCCGCCAUGCUGGCCUGUCUGCAAAGGACCCAGAACCCUCCAGGCCAGCACCUGGCCUGCCCGAGCAAGAGCCUGGAGCUGCGCAAGUGUGAGGCAGUGGCCAGCUCCAUGCAUUCCUCCCGCUACCCAAGCCCGGCUGAGUUGGAUGCCUACGCCGAGAAGGUGGCCAACAGCCCACUGUCCAUCAAGAUCUUCCCCACCAACAUCCGUGUGCCCCAGCAUAAGCACCUCAGCCGCACUGUCAACGGCUAUGACACCAGUGGCCAGCGCUAUAGCCCCUACCCGCAGCACACUGCUGGUUACCAGGGCCUGUUAGCCAUCGUCAAGGCCGCUGUAUCCUCCUCCAGUGUGGCCACAACCACUGGGCCCUCCAAAAGCGUGCUCAAGAGUGUGGAGGGCAAGCGGACCAAGCUGUCGCCUGCUGCCGUGCAGGUGGGCAUUGCACCCUACCCAGCGCCCAGCACUCUAGGCCCCCUGGCCUACCCUAAGCCACCCGAGGCACCUGCCCCCCCACCCAGCCUGCCCGCAGCUGCCACUGCUGCCUCCAUCAUCCCCCUGCCAGGCCGAGGCCUGCCCCUGCCGCCUUCCAACCUGCCCUCCAUCCACAGCAUCCUCUACCAGCUCAACCAGCAGUGCCAGGCCCCGGGCACCGCACCCACUGCCUGCCAAGGUGUGGCCAUUCCCCACCCCAGCCCAGCCAAGCACGGCCCCAUGCCCAGCUUCCCCAGCGUGGCCUAUUCGGCUGCUGCUGGCCUGCCCGACUGCCGAAAAGGCACUGAGCUUGGCCAGGGAGCCACCCCAGCCUUGACACUCGCUGGGGCCACCAAGCCUGCAGGGUACACAGACUGCAGCCUGGAUUACCUGCUGUGGCCACAGAAGCCACCUCCACCACCGCCCCAGCCACUGCGUGCCUACAGCAGUAGCACUGUGGCCAGCAAGUCCCCCGAGGCUUGCGGAGGCCGGGCAUACGAGUGGGCCAGUGGAUCACCCCUCAACUGUGGUGUGGGGCUGCCUGCCAGCUUCACAGUGGGCCAGUACUUCACAGCGCCCUGGAACAGCGUGCUGGUGACCCCAACCAGCGACUGCUACAACCCAGCGGCAGCGGCAGUGGCAGUCACUGAUCUGGGGCCUGGGGCAUCCCGGGAGCUGACUGGGCCUCCUGCAGAUGCCCUGUCAGGCCUGCCCAGCAAGAGCGUGUGCAACACGUCGGUGCUGAGCAGUAGCCUGCAGUCCCUCGAGUAUCUCAUCAAUGACAUCCGGCCGCCCUGCAUCAAGGAGCAGAUGCUGGGCAAGGGCUACGAGACAGUGGCUGUGCCCCGGCUGCUUGACCACCAGCACGCCCACAUCCGCCUGCCUGUCUACAGAUAAGACCUACCCAGCGGACAUGUGGACAGAUGGGCAGGGCACUGCAGGGGGAGUCAAGCUGCAGAACGGGGUGGGUGGCUCUCAGGAGUAUCCAACCAGCCCUGCCCUGUGCCUGCUGAUCCCCACAGGGAAGCCAGGAUGGCUGCUGCCUCAACACCCCAGAUUGGUGGGGGUUGGCGGGGUGACCUCAAGCACCGAGGUCCUGCCCCACCAUUGGCUGCCCCAGGAAAUGGGGAGCGCCCAGGGGCAGCCACUGAUGUCCACGCCUUCCUCCAUCAAAGCUGGCAGAGACAGGGAGAGAGAAACCACUCAAAAACAAAUAGUUCAUUCCAGGUCUCCUGGGAGAGAGGUUCAGGCCAAGGCAGGAUGCAGGAGGAAGUGAGACACUCCAGAGUCAGGGUGAGGGUUAGAGCAGACCCCAGGGGUCAGGCAGCUGUGUUUCCCCCAAACAACCUCCCCAGUCUCCUGGAAAAGGAGCAAAGAAAGGGGGCCUGUAGGAAGUCGUUGGGCCCAGAGUGUCUACCCAUGAAACAAUCCAGGUGAAAACCACUCCCUCAGACUUUCUUCCCACCUCCUACCCCCACCAUUUCUUCCUAAUACUGAGUCAUGCAGCCAUCCCUGUUCUCCAACCCUGGGCUAUCAUCUUGCCUCUUCCCUCCAAUAGAUUUUACAGGGCUUCUGGGCACAGUUGUGCAGGGUGUGCACUGCACAAGGGCACUUCAUUCAAGGAGACGCCACUUGCAUCCUAAACUUGUAUAUUUAUUACAGUUUUCCACAUUUUGAGGAAGGAGCACCAUUUUCCUAUUCGCACAAAGGCGCCAUAGGGGCUAACAAUGGGCUUACAAUCUUAGAUGCCAUUCAGAGAGACCCUACCUUGCCUUCCUUGGGGGGUCUACUGAGAGCCAGUGAGGAGGCAACCUACCAGUUUUAAAUGGAAGACCCAGUCUAACUGCUUUCCUGCAGAUCCCCCUCCAAGGCCUGUCCCACACCUUUGAGGAGGGGAAGGUAGGCUGGAGCCACUCCUCCAUGAAGCCCCAAGUCCUGGCCCCUCUGGCGCUCCAGAAGCGGUACUGUAUCUCUCCAAGGCCUGUUCAAGCACUAAGUGCAUUUACAAAUCUCUGAGAAUGUUUUUUUUAUACUAAAAUUGACCAUUAUAUUCUACUGUGAGAAGUGCAGUCUGCACUAUAUUGUUUUAAAAACGAAGAGAAAGAAAAAAAAGGAAAACACAGAUGGUGUCUCA